UACAGCAAGCUACAAGUACAUUAACUUACGUAAGAAACCGUGCCGCUGAAAUGGGAUUCUACAAAACGAUCAAAACUUUUUCUGUAUUAUGUGUUUCGUUUGUUACUAUUACAUUAACCUUUUUCGAUAGUGAAGGACUAAAAGUUAAGUUCAAAAUUUCGAGUAUGAAAUUUUGUUUAAAAUCUGACGAUAUUUUGACGACGUUGAUACAAGUAUCGCUAUCGCAGUGUGUGGAUGAAUGUGCAACAAGAACAGAUUGUAAGGCUGUUAACUAUUUCAACCGACUUCACACAUGUGAACUUAUCCCGGACGAUGAUGAGGAGCUAUUUGAAAAUGCCAGGAAAAAUCAUGCAUGUGUUUUCGUUAAAAAGACUGACAUGGAUGUAAUCGAAAUAAAUGACAAGUGUACCUGUGACACUGCAGAGACUUGUAAUGUUGAGCCCGAUGCUUCAUGUACAAUUAAAGAGUGUAAGAGUUUUACCCUACGAAACGGCAGAGUAAAUGGAAAUAUGCGGUGCAUAGGAGCUUCUGUAACAUUCGAAUGCAGCCAAAUGUACAUUCCAACUUUUCAGGCUCUAGGAGCGACUUGUCUUGCGAACGGAACAUGGUCUCACAAACUCGAUUGUGAAGCAGAUGCUGAUGAUAAUAGCAUUUGCGACGGUUGUAUACUCCCGAGAGAUUGUCAAGACAUAAAAACUAUAAACGAGACAGCGGAAACAGGGGUGUUUGAGAUUUAUCCAACAGGAAGCGAUGGUUUAAUCGUUCGCUGUGACAUGGACACGCUACCUGGCGGCUGGACAGUGUUUCAACGAAGAGAAUCAAAUAGCGAUUUCCAAAAGGACUGGAAAACAUAUAAGGAAGGGUUUGGACAAUUGAAUGACAAUUUCUGGUUAGGGAAUGAUAAAAUAUGGAAACUUACACACAGUGGUCAGUACAAACUACGAGUUGAUCUCAUAGAUCAAAAUGGCUCAGAGGGAUAUGCGGAAUACAGUUCAUUUUCAAUCGGAAAUGAGUCGACAAAAUAUGUCUUGAAUAUCGCGGGGCAUAGUGGAACUGCUACAGACAGUUUAGUUGGGAGGCAUAACGGAAUGAUGUUCAGUACUAUCGACCAAGACAACGACAUCUAUCCCCGUAAUUGUGCGGGUCGUUUUAAAGGGGGUUGGUGGUAUUGCAACUGCCAGUCUUCGAACUUAAACGGACCAUAUGGAGACGUCGUGAAUAAUCGUGGAAUGACGUGGAAAGAUUGGAGACAACCAAAUGUCUUCAUGAAAUUUACUGAAAUGAAAAUUCGUCGGAAGUAGGAUGGACA